UAUGCAAAACACUAUUUACAUUUAUAGAAUUUUAAAAUAAUAAUCUUUUUACUUAAUAUCCUGAAAGUAUUUCAAAAAGUAUUUACAGUUUGAAGAGCAGCGAAUACAGUUUAAAUAUUAAUAAACGCAGUUUAAUGCUAUAUGCUGUUUAAAGAUGGAUAUGGCUUAGAAACUAUCAAUGCAGUUUAAAAAACGAUGGAUGCAGUUAAAACUACUUUGCUUAUAAUUACAUCAAUUGCUGUUAUUACUAAUAGCGUUUCUUUAUAUUUUUUAUACAAGAAGCAAAAAAAAAACAACUAUGUUAUCUUGUGUAUUAACUUAUCUGCUAGUGACUUAUUACAAAGCAUCGCCGGAUACAUACCAGCAUUGUUUUUUGAUGCUAAUAUGCAAAAAGCUACAACGUUGUGCAAAUUGUCUGCCUUCUUUAUUGCUUUUCCUUCAUUUACAACAAUUGCAAUGCUUUCCGCAAUGGCUAUUUCAAGAAUGGUGUUGCUAGGCACAUGUUUUCAUAGUACUCAAAUUAACUAUAAAAAGCUGUUUAUAAGAAUUGGAAUUGCCUCAUGGAUUUAUGGUUUCAUUUGGGCUGUUUUGCCACUUCUGGGAUUUUCCUCGUACACAGUAGAAAAUACGCGUUCUAGAUGUUCUAUUAAUUUUUCUCCCAAAACAAGUGUGGAAAAGCUUUAUUUAAUCAUAUUGAUGGCCUUUGGAUUUUUUAUACCUAUUAUAUCAAUUUUGGCAUCUUGUUUAUUUACAGCUCGCGUGAUUAAUACAAAGUACAAAUAUUUUUGUGUGACUUACGGCAAAGAAAAUGUUGAAACAAAACGUUAUAAAAAGAAAGAAAAAAAGACAUUUUUAUCAUUUAUAAUAAUGGUGUUAUCAUUUGUUGUCUGCUGGACACCAUACGCAACAGUUGGUUGUUUCUCAGCUUUUACCUCGUUGAAAAUACCAAAGUGGCUUCUUCAUGUGGCCGCUUUUUUUGGAAAGCUGUCAGCAUUAGUGAAUCCAUUUAUAUAUUAUUGGAAGGAUGGUUUAUUUAAAAAAUGCUUUUUGAAUAUAAGGUUUAAAACAACCAAAUUACUCAUAAGAAAAAGUCAAGAAAACAGUCAAAAAUAAUAAAAACUUUUUUAAU